ACACGGACCGGCAAAAACUAGAAACGCCAGGCAUAAAUAUUUUGACAUUUGAGCGUUUUCUAGGUUUUUGGAAUGCACAAUGAUGUUAUGGAGUAGGAAAAUUUCUCCAUUUUCGUUCACCGACAUAAUUGCAAGUUUCUUCUGAAGUCCCAGUGAUCACUUCAGCGGUUCCAUUUUAACGCCUUUUGCAUGGUCAUGGGGUGUUGUGGAUUUUCCUCCGUUGUCUUUAUCAUUUCUGUUGGAUACACUCUAGGAAUAUCGAAGGAUUCAGAAGUCGCGAUAGGGCAGUUCCAGGGGAUAGCCGAUGAGUACUAUAAUUGGUUAAAUGCGGCGAACCCGGACUACGCGUUUAGCAGAGGGAUCUUUGAUAACAUGAGUCAUACUGAGAGGAUGUCGAUCGCGAAACUUGAGGAACGGAAGGUUAAAUUUGAAGACUUUUUGACCAGACUGGAGAAUAUCGACAUGCAUCUUCUUCCGCACCGAACGCAAGUGAGUUAUUUGGUGCUGGAACAAGCCCUGAGGACAGUCGUCUCAUUCCAUGGGUUUAUAAAAUACGGCUACAAUGUGGUGGCGCUUAACCAGUUUAACGGACUCCAGAACCAGUUCGCCAGGCUUCCCCUGAACACGAAGCAAGACUUCAUGGCAUACAUCGAGCGUGUGCGGUCACUGGCGGGAACGGUUGACGAUAUGCGGCAAUUAAUGGAAGAGGCCCUGAGAUACAAGAUGGUGCUGAAUGCUAUAAGCAUCGCUAAAAACCACUCCAAGGUCGAAGUGGAGGACACCAACAUUUACAGAACUUUCGAAAUAGGUCUCGAUUAUUCCGGUUUACCGCCAAAAGACUCGGAGGGAUUACUCCGACAGCUUUAUGACGCAUUGAAUCGUACCCUCCUGCCGGCAAAUAACAACCUGAACACGUUUAUGUUAGAGCAAUAUCGCCCAAGAGCGCGGCCGUGUGACGGCCUGUGGUGCCUUGAGAACGGGACAGCCCUGUACCAAGCUCAUCUACAGUACUAUCUCUCCAUCAAUGUCACCCCUGAGUACAUCCAUCAACUUGGUCUGCGUGAGGUUAAGCGAAUUAAAGGAGAAAUGAAAAAGCUCUUCAAUAAAAUGGGUUUCAACGGAACCAUGAAAGAAUUUUUUGAAGGUUUGAAGACGAAUGCAUCACUGGUUUACACAAAUGAGUCAGAUUUGUUCAACCACGUCAAGAAUCUGGUAUACAACAAGAUCGAGCCGGCCUUGCUGAAGGUCUUCAAGAAAGAGAGUAUCCCAACCUUACCUCUCAAGGUUGUCGAGAUGAAAGGAUACGGGCCGUUUGGCUACUACCGCAGAGGAACAAUGUACAGCUCAUUUGUGAUCAAUGUUAAAGAACCUGAAAAGAAGCCAGUGAUCAACUUGCUACCUCUUGCCCUCCAUGAAGGACUUCCUGGUCACCACAUGCAGAUAGGUCCCGGCAGCAACCUCGCGAAUUUACCGAACUUCCGGCGCUACAAAUUCUACAGCCACUUCCCCACUACACCAGCGUACAUGCCAAGGAACGCCGCAACAACAGAGGGUUGGGCACUCUACGCAGAAAAACUUGGAUAUGAGAUGGGGCUUUAUGAAACUCCUUAUGAUGCUUUGGGCCAACUCGAAUUGGAAUUAUUCCGGGCUUGCCGUCUCGUCAUCGAUAGUGGCUUACAUGCGAAAAAAUGGACCCGCCAGAAGGCGUUAGACUAUUUAGUGGAACAUUCCUGUAUGCCUCUCGCGUCACUUGAGUUUGAGAUAGAUCGUUACAUAAGAUUACCAGGGCAGGCCUGCGCUUAUAAAGUGGGUGAAAUCAGGCUGCUGGAGUUGAGGGAAAGGGCUCGUAAAAUUUUGGGACCAAAAUUCGAUUUAAAGGAAUUCCACCACGCAGUGCUCUCCGCUGGUUCUCGGAUACCAUUGGACGUCUACGAUCACGUGAUCAACAGGUGGAUCAAUCAGACGCUGUCUUCAUCAUCAGCUUCCGUCCACGUGACCAUUUCCGUGUAUUGGACAUUAUUUAUUUUCUGCGUGUUUGGAGUUGUGUUCUACUAAGUUGGAUUUAAAUCACACCCAGUAGAAUAUGGAUUGUCGUAGAGGGAUUUUCCAUCAGACUUUCCGCGGACUUACCAUCCUGUCACCAGUUGUUUUCAAUAUUAUACUCCUUCUCUCGAUAUUGUAUAUGUCGUAGGAGUAUCAAAAACCUGAGUCUCUGGAUGGUCAGUUUCGCAUGUACGGGCCUGUUUUCUACAAUUCUAUGACAAAAAAGAAAAGGCCGAAAAGAGAAAAUGGGCCUAAAUUUGUAAAUACGAAACCUUAGAGUAUUCGACCUAAAAAUCCGCGGAUAGAGUACAAAGAUAAUAAUCAUGUCACUGACGUGAUUGACUGCUAGCGGCAGGAGUGAGGUAGCCCAUUUGCUGGUGGUGCAUGCAUCCUGAAGCUCAGGUCAACACUCGGCACUAUCGACCGAGAUUAUGACGUGUGCGAGGGGAGGAGGAUACGGCUGAAUUAGGAUUUUCGAGGAUGCUGGUGGUAACUUUAGCUGACAAUGCAGUUGGGCCACUCUUCGUACAAGCCCAUGAGAGCCGAGACAGUGGAAAAGUUUGGACACCUAUCGGCCAAUUGGUGAAAUCCAUCUGGCCCAUCUGGCUUCUGCAUGAAAGAUCCAGAAAUGAACUAUGCAGUUCCAUGAAUGAUGGCAGUGCUGUUCUUAAAGAACAAUGCAUGUACAAAUAUAUGAUAA